AUGCCGGGACCCCCUACACCUGGGUUAAAGGGGUACGGCCUAACUCAGGCCAACGUGAAUCGCUCUCCCAGGGCGCAAGACCUGCUUAUGCAGGACAUCCGGGAGAGCGGUCACAGCUUGGCGGUGAUUGCCGAGCCCGGCCGCGUCCCCCAGGACCACCCUGAGUGGCUGGGGGUGCGGUUGGAGCGAACGGCAGCGAUUUGUUGGCGGUCGUGGCAGGGUUCUCCCACCACGACCGCAUUGGAGCGCGGCGAUAGACACGUCGCCGUGCGCUGGGGGCCCAUCGUGGUCGUGGGAGUGUAUCUCCGUCCGGACAGGAGACUCUCCCUCUACGAGGACUGGCUGGCCGACGUCGAACAGACGGUUAGACGUUUCGGCCGUGAGCCGGUCCUCGUCGCCGGGGACUUUAACGCCCACAGCGUGGCGUGGGGUUCCCGGCGAACCUACAACAGAGGGAGGGCUCUAGAGAAUUGGGCAGCGGCGCUCGGCCUGGUCCUAUUAAAUAGGGGCCGGGUCUCCACCUGUGUGCGCGCGCAGGGGGAGUCCAUUGUCGAUUUGACAUGGGCUACCCCCUCCGCGGCGCGCCAUGUCACCGGGUGGAGAGUGACCGGGGACACCGGGCUCGCGUUAUCAGACCACCGUUGGAUUUCGGUGGAGCUCGGUGCCCUCGCGUCUCUCGGGCGUCGCCGAGAGAUGCGACCGCGAUGGGCCCUUAAGAGGCUCCGCGAGGAUGACCUGAUGGCCUCCCUUGAGGCCGCCUGCUGGGUCCGGGGGGAUGUCCCCGAGACCCGCGAUACGGAUCCCCAACAAGAGGCCGAGUGGAUCGGGACAGCAUUAGCGGCGGCGUGUAACGCCGCUAUGCCCCGAUCGAAAACUCGGCCUCGGCGGGCGGUCCACCAGGACGGAAGAAAUUGCCGAGUUACGCCGGCAAGCCGUCCACCAGCAGCGAAUAUCCGCCCGCCAUGCGCGCAAGGGCGGGCAGGCGGCCGAAAGGGCAAGGGGGGGCUACCUGGUGGCCAAGGUAGCCCUCCGCAAGGCCAUCAAGAAGGCUAA